AGCAACUCUAAUAAUUAUUCACUUCGACGUGUCUACAAGUUGUGUUAUUUUUAUAUCAAAAUGUCUGGUGUUAAAGGCGUGGUUGAGAAAUUCUACAAUGAUUACGUAGAAAACACUCCCCGAAAACUGAAGUUGGUGGAUACCUACUUGGCAUACGUUUUCCUCACCGCCGUUAUACAAUUCGUUUAUUGUUGUUUAGUUGGCACAUUCCCUUUCAACUCUUUUUUGUCCGGCUUCAUAAGUACAAUAAGCUGUUUCGUUCUGGGUGUUUGUCUACGACUUCAGGCAAAUCCGCAAAACAAAGCCGUAUUCGUUGGAAUCUCACAGGAGCGCGGCUUUGCUGACUUCAUUUUUGCGCAUGUUAUAUUACACUUAGUAGUUAUGAAUUUUAUUGGAUGAAAUGGACUAAAAAUAUUAAAUGCAAAACGUUAAAUAUAUAUGUACAUA